AUGUCCGCUUUCCACUGGAAGAAGUCUUGCACGGCGCCACCAAAGUCCCUGGUGGUCUCGUUUGGGGAGAAGCUGUGUUUGUCUCCUGCUCUGCUGCACGUCACACAUAACUUCAGAACCUUCGCCCUGGGCUCCUGCCCCUCUGGCUCCUGCCCCUCCACCGUCUGCUGCGCAUUCUGGGGGCUGUUCUCCAGGUCAGGUGACCCGGCCUCCCCUCGCCCCCACGCCCUGGCCUGCAGUAGGUGCCUCAAGCUCCAGCUUCUCUGUCUCCGUGGUGACAGUCUCCACGGCGUCCCUCUCCACAACGGCUUUGUUGGCUUUGCCUCGGUCUCUAUCUCUCCCUACUCUCCCAUUGGGACCGUCUAUGGGGUCCCCUCUUCUUCUUCAGAGAGGUGUUCAGUUUCCAGACCUUCAAUGCAUUGGUCCAUGGCAGCUUGGAGGCCAGCUUCUGCAAGUCCUCCAAUGUCUCAUCCUGUUGGACAGAACUGGUAAUGUUUCUAUCAAAUACCCUGAGAGGGAGAGGCACGUUAUAAAGUGUAGGGGACUGGUCUUUCAUUACCAACGUGAAUGUUAUAGUUUAAAUGAAAGUGUAAGAGCUGUAUGAAUUCAGGUUCCUUAUUGGCUGUGCUGUAAUAAAAAGAGACAUACCUUUGAGUCUUUAAACUGAUAGUUGUCAUACUCUUCAACCACAACAAACAAGUUGUCCACAGACCUCAGAGUAUGCACCUAGAAAGAGGAGGCACUGGUAAAAAAGCUAGGCUAUAUUUUGAAUUUAUUCAAUGGUAUGGUCACAGACAAGGUAAACAAACCAUUGUAAAUGUGUGCAAAGUUAAUCAAAAGUUUGAUGACCACACUAAAGAUUGAGGUUUUAUAAAGAAUUUAAAAUCAGUUUCAAUAGCAUCCUUAUUUAAUCAUAAUCACAAUGCUCUUGUGAUAGUCAUAAUAAAGUAGCCAAUAAAACAUCAUAUGGUUUUGCAAUACUUGUAAAUCAAGAUGAAAGGAUAUUGGACUAAUUCUGGAGUUACAGUAAUAGUAAAUGUAGGCUGGGUUGUUCCACUUAAUAAAAAACAGAAUUCCAUUUCAUGAGGUUAAAUUAAGAAAAAUGACUAAAAUAACUAUAGCCAUACAGUGCCUUUAGAAAGUAUUCACACCGCUUGACUUUUUCCUCAUUUUGUUGUGUUACAAAGUGGGAUUAAAAUUGAUUUAAUUGUAAUUUUUUUGUCAACUGUCUACACAAAAUACUCUGUAAUGUAAAAGUGGAAGAAAAAUUAUAACAUUUGUGAAACAUUUUUGAAAAACAAAACACUAAUAUAUCUUGAUUAGAUAAGUAUUCAACUUCCUGAGCCAAUACAUGUUAGAAUCACCUUUGUCAGCUAUUACAGCUGUGAGUCUUUCUGGGUAAGUCUCUAAGAGCUUUGCUCACCUGGAUUGUACAAUAUUUGCACAUUAUUCUUUUAAAAAUUCUUCAAGCUCUGUCAAGUUUGUUGUUGAUCAUUACUAGACAGCCAUUUACAAGUCUUGCCAUAGAUUUUCAAGCCGAUUUAAGUCAAAACUGUAACUAGGCCACUGUAACUAGGCCACAACUCCAGUGUAGAUUUAGCUUGUGUUUUAGGUUAUUGUCCUGCUGAAAGGUGAAUUUGUCUCACAAUGUCUGUUGGAAAGCAGACUGAACCAUCUAUGAUUUUGCCUGUGCUUAGCUCUAUUCCAUUUAUUUUUAUCCCCAAAACAUUCCGUAGUCCUUCCCAAUGACAAGCAUACUCAUAACAUGAUGCAGCCACCACCAUGCUUGAAAAUAUGAAGAGUGUUACUCAGUGAUGUGUUGUGUUUGCCCCAAACAUACCGCUUUGUAUUCAGGACAUAAACUUAAUUUCUUUGCCACAUUUUUAGAAGUUUUACUUUAGUGCCUUAUUGCAAACAGGAUGCAUGUUUUGGAAUAUUUUUAUUCUGUACAGUAUUCCUUCUCACUUUGUCAAUUAGGUUAGUAUUGUGGAGUAACUACAAUGUUGUUGAUCCAUCCUCAGUUUUCUCCUAUCACAGCCAUUAAACUCUGUAACUGUUUUAAAGUCACCAUUGGCCUCAUGGUGAAAUCCCUGAGUGGUAUCCUUCCUCUCCGGCAACUAAGUUAGGAAGGACGCCUGUAUCUUUGUAGUGACUGGGUGUAUUGACACACCAUCCAAAGUGUAAUUAAUAACUUCACCAUGCUCAGAGGGAUAUUUAAUGUCUGCUUUUUUAUAUACACUAUUAUUGCACACUUAUUAUGUGACUUGUUAAGCCAUUUUCUACUCCUGAACGUAUUUAGGCUUGCCAUAACAAAGGGGUUGAAUACUUAUUGACUAAAGAUAUUUCAGCUUUUCAUUUUUCAUUCAUUUGUAAAAAUUCCUAAAAACAUAAUUACACUUUGACAUUAUGGGGUAUUGUGUGUAGGCCAGUAACACAACAUUUCGAUUUAAUCUAUUUUAAAUUCAGGCUGUAACACAACGAAAUGUGGAAAAAGUCAAUGGGUGUGAAUACUUUCUGAAGACACUAAGUCCCCUUGUGACAGGGGGAAUGGACGCUUGUUAUGUGCAACAGAGAGGGGCAAUUUAAUGCAAGCUUCACAAUUGUUUUUGAAAUUGUUAAAACAUUUCGAGGUUACCUGUCUAUGAGUAAUAGGGUUGACGUGUUAUGCUCGACCCCCUCAGUUUUCUAACCACAAAACACCCACAAUUGGCCAAAAAGAGUAGAAACAGCUCACCUGCUUUUACACUAUGAUUUGACUUUUAGAUGUUCAAUGUUUAUUUUGAAAAAAAUAUUUAAAAAACAUUAAAACAAGAGUUCAGUUCAGGUAACAGUGUUGACCUUAAAAUGAGGGAGAACGUACAUGAAUUACUAAUCACGUGAAAUAAAUAAGAAUCUUCAGAAAUGACUUUGUCUAAGCAACAAAGUAGCUUGGGCUGAAUGCACUCAUGACUCUAUUCUAUGCACACCAAAAUUACUAUGGUUAUGUGUUUCUCUAAAGUGUCUUGUGAAAGCGUAACACUAAGAUUGUAUUUGAUAAUUUAGCUAGUCAUGCUGGCAGUAUAAUUUUUUUUCAAAUGAUGCCAACCCGAUGGAUUUCUAAUGGACUGUUUUCAGAUUGCGUAUAUAACAACAGUAAUUGUGUGAUGGUGGGGAUGCAGGGCUGUGUUCCAAACAAACACAAAACUACAAGUGUGCUUGCUUCAGUUCCUCAAAGGCACAGCUAGGGGAGUUAAAGGAAAGCUUCACCCAUUUUGAAUGUUAUACUGUUUUUCUUCAUCUCUGAGUGAUGUUCUUUCAAUUCCCUGGGUAAUUUCAUGUUUUCACAUGUAUCUGAGUUAUUGGCAUUCCUAUAUCCAUCCUGCCCUGCCUUUCGAAAGUAUUUGAAAGCCAAGUUAACAAACAGAUCACAGACCAUUUCGAAUCCCACCGUACCUUCUCCGCUAUGCAAUCUUGUUUUCGAGCUGGUCAUGGGUGCACCUCAGCCACGCUCAAGGUCCUAAACGAUAUUAUAACCGUGAUCGAUAAAAGACAGUACCGUGCAGCCGUCUUCAUCGACCUGGCCAAGGCUUUCGACUCUGUCUAUCACCGCAUUCUUAUUGGCAGACUAAAUAGCCUUGGUUUCUCAAAUGACUGCCUCGCCUGGUUCACCAACUACUUCUCAGAUAGAGUUAAAUGUGUCAAAUCAGAGGGCCUGUUGUCUGGACCUAUGGCAGUCUCUAUGGGGGUGCCACAGGGUUCAAUUCUCGGGCCGACUCUAUUAUCUGUGUAUAUCAAUGAUGUCGCUCUUGCUGCUGGUGACUCUCAGAUCCACCUCUACGCAGACGACACCAUUUUGUAUACAUCUGGCCCUUCAUUGGACACUGAGUUAACAAACCUCCAAACAAGCUUCAAUGCCAUACAACAUUCCUUCCGUAGCCUCCAACUGCUCUUAAACGUUAGUAAAACUAAAUGCAUGCUCUUCAAUCGAACGCUGCUUGCACCCACCCGCCCGACUAGAAUCACUACUCUCGGCGGGUCUGACUUAGAAUAUGUGGACAACUACAAAUACCUAGGUGUCUGGUUAGACCGUAAACUCUCCUUCCAGACUCACAUUAAGCCUCUCCAAUCCAAAGUUAAAUCUAGAAUCGGCUUCCUAUUUCGCAACAAAGCCUCCUUCACUCAUGCUGCCAAACAUGCCCUCGUAAAACUGACUAUCCUACCGAUCCUUGACUUUGGCGAUGUCAUUUACAAAAUAGCCUCCAACACUCUACUCAGCAAAUUGGAUGUAGUCUAUCACAGUGCCAUCAGUUUCGUCACCAAAGCCCCAUAUACUACCCACCAUUGUGACCUGUACGCUCUCGUUGGCUGGCCCUCAAUACAUAUUUGUCGCCAAACCCACUGGCUCCAGGUCAUCUAUAAAUCACUUCUAGGCAAAUCCCCGCCUUAUCUUAGCUCAUUGGUCACCAUAGCAACACCCACCCGUAGUAUACGCUCCAGCAGGUAUAUCUCACUGGUCAUCCCCAAAGCCAACACCUCCUUUGGCCGCCAUUCCUUCCAGUUCUCUGCUGCCAAUGACUGGAACGAACUGCAAAAAUCUCUGUAGCUGGAGACUCUUAUCUCCCUCACUAACUUUAAGCAUCAGUUGUCAGAGCAGCUUACCGAUCACUGCACCUGUACACACCCCAUCUGUAAUUAGUCCACCCAACUACCUCAUCCCCAUAUUUAUUUAUUUUCCUCAUUUGCACCCCAGUAUCUCUAUUUGCACAUCAUCUUCUGCACAUCUAUUACUCCAGUGUUAAUGCUAAAUUGUAAUUAUUUUGCACUAUGGCCUAUUUAUUGCCUUACCUCCAUAACUUACUACAUUUGCACACACUGUAUAUAGAUUGUCUAUUGUGUUAUUGACUGUACGUUUUGUUUAUCCCAUAUGUAACUCUGUGUUGUUGUUGUUUUUAUCGCACUGCUUUGCUUUAUCUUGGCCAGGUCGCAGUUGUAAAUGAGAACUUGUUCUCAACUGGCUUACCUGGUUAAAUAAAGGUUAAAUAGAUAAAAAAGCAGGCGGAAAUCUCUCCGGUAUGACGUAGCACUGCGAUAAAGUCGCUCUCACUACACUGGAAGUUAAUAGGAAUAGGACUUUUAGAUCGCGAAAACGUAUAUCAUGUCAGAUUUCAACACUGGCAGAUGUCAUAACUGGGGACGAUGUAUUCUCUCGAAUGAUCCAUUGAUCAUAUUUUUGCGACAUUCCUACCUUGAGAAAUGUGUAAUUUUAAUGGAGGGUCUAGCACAUUUUUCCUACAGGUCUGCCUCUUUAGUCCAGGGUGCAUUGCGUGAUGCAUUGCCAGAGAUAUUAUAGAAAGGAGAUAGGAAUCCAAUGAAAGAAGGAAGUAUAACGCCCCACCCAGCAGACUAUCGACCAAUCGUGUUCACGUUGCUAAUAGUCACGCAAUCCCUUCUCAAAGUCAGUGUAUAUGUUGAGAAACAUGCCUAUUUUCCUCGGAAGUCCGUAAUAUCACGAUUCCAAAGCUAUACAUUAUUACAGAUAGCAAGUUAAUUAUCUCACAUCUCGGAAAAGAUUUGUAAUGUUGUACUUCUUGUUGAUUACAUUUGUGCUAAUGUUGGGUUUUUGAACUCCCUUGAAAGAGAGCUCUCCUUGUCUCAGAAUCGCCCAGAAUGCACCGUACGGCCCAUUGACGUAACAUGGGAAACGUUUCCCAUCUCCUCAGAAGUAUAUCUGCCGCUGCGAAUGUCAGACUCCACUCUGAGAACGGGUAGCUGAUGGAGACAGAAAAUGGCGGAAGCGGAUGAUGAAGUGGAAUCUGAAUACAAUGGCGGUAGAAUCAAGGAGAAUUUGAGUAUUGUUCAAAAGAAUGGAAAACGGAGCAAAGUAGGGUACAGUGAUGAGAAUGACCCUUUAAGUAUGUCUUGUUAAUAAGGAGCAGCUGAGCAGAGUACCAAUCUUGAAGAAACCAUUUGAGUUAUCCAAACUGGUGGAGAGAGUGUUGGGUAAAGUGAAGGAUGUGAGGAUCACGAGUGGCGGGCUUGUUUUGAUUUUUUGUCAUUCUGCGGAUCAGAAGGAACGUGCGUUGUGUCUUAAUCGAUUUGGUAAGUUUGAAGUGUUGUGUGUGUCGCUUCGGAACAGGCACCCCUUAAGGGGGUUAUAUCUGGCGUUUCGUGGUUAGUUGAUUUGGAAGAGAUGAAACAUAUUCCUGGAGUGAUUGAAGCACUUCGGAUGAAUCGAGUGGUGAAUGGGGAAAAAGUGAAGAGUUUAUGUUAUUUUGUUUUUUGAAAUGGAGUCCAUCCCUAAUGAAGUGCGGUUAGGGUAUAUUAACUACAGAGUUAGAACAUUUAUCCCAAUAACAAUGCAGUGUGAACGUUGUAAAGCUUUUGGUCAUGUAGAAAGUGUUUGCCGAAGGGAGAAGCCGAGAUGUACAAGAUGUGGAAAAUAUCAUAUGUGUUAUAAAAGUGAAGACAAUGUGACAUGUUGUAAUUGCUGUGGGAAUCAUGAAGCCACGUCUUCUGAAUGCCCCACAAGGGUAAAAGAGAAUGAGGUGGCAAAGUCAGGGUUGCACAGAGCAUUUCAUAUGCAGAAGUGUGAAAAGGGCACUGCCAAGGUGGAGAAAAGAUCGAGGAAGAUUGAAAUCAUUGUGAUUGCGGCAGAGCGGUUCCUGGGGCUGAAAUAUUUCACAGCAAGGGACUUACAUGGAAUAUUAGCAAGAGUCGUUCUACCUUCUCAGGUCCUAUAGCCUCAGAAGGGAGGUAUGGAGAACUAAAAGGAGGAAGAAGUGGGAGUUUAGUUUGUUUUGGCAAUGUACUAUUUUUAAUUAGGGUGGAUUGUUAGAAUCACUAUUCAUUAUGGAUUUAUUUUUAUUUUGGUUUCAAAACGUCGAGUUGGUGGCGGCAAUACAACUUUUGGAUGUAGUCCGCCAUAAAACCCACAGAAGAAGAAGAAGAAGACAUAUUAAAGACUCCACUGUGAGGCACAUUGAUCUGCAGGUUGAACAUGGUGAGAUUGUAGACUCCUAAAUUGAUAGUGCAGUCUGUUUAGGCGAUUUUACAGCCAACUAGCUACUUUUCAUGCGGAUAUUGUCUUUGGUAUUAUUGUGUGCAGCUACAUUUGCUAGCUAGCUUGCCAGCCAGCCCAUAGAGAGAGCAUUGCAUUGUGGAUUUUGUAGUCGACUUCAGCUGCAACAGAUUUCCACAACGAUUUUCCAUGUUGCUACCAACCUUAUUAUAAUGCCAAAAUGAAACAUUUGUUCACCAAAAAUGCUGUUCUCACAUAUUAUUGUUAAUUAAAGGAAUGUUUUUUCUCCUUAAAAAAAAACGUUAUAGUUUAAGGCUCUUUCUUGAAUCAUAAAAGUUCAUUGGAAAUACUUAGGAACUGUGCACACUUUGGAGAGGUGUGUGUGGCCACUUGGAGACACCAGUUAGGCCUCUCAUUAAAACCCCUGUCAUUGUUUUGUCUUAUAUUGCACCUACCCCAAAUUUUCAUGCAACAUUAUUUUGUUGAUAUACAAUUUGAUCUCUGAGAAAUUAAGAUAAUUGAUUGCACCCAAAUUCCCCCCCCCCCCAUGCUUUGGUUUUCUUUACCUGACCACUGUUUCAAAUGCAAACUUUUUUUGUGGCACAAAUGAGAACUGAUACUAGGGAUGGGCAUUUGCCAAUAUUUUGACUGUUGGAAUAAAAAUGUUUAACACAAGGCUCGCACUGGAAAUAAAUAUGUGCGCAUUUAUCUAUAGGCCUAUGCCAACAGUGCACGACAAUGCCUAAUUUAUCAUAGCAAUUAGGAUUUGUUAUGUGUAAUGGUUAAAUUGCCCCAUUAUAUACUGAGUAUACAAAACAUUAAGAACACCCGCGUUUUCCUUGACAUAGACUGACCAGGUGAAAGCUAUGAUCCCUUAUUGAUGUCACUUGUUGAAUCCACUUCAAUCAGUGUAGAUGAAAGGGAGGAGAAAGAUUAAAGAAGGCUUUUAAACCUUGAGACAAUUGAGACAUGGAUUGUGUGUGUGUGCAAUUCAGAGGGUGAAUGGGCAAGACAAAAUAUUUAAGUGCCUUUGAACGGGGUAUGGUAGUAGGUGCCAGGCGCACAGGUUUGUGUCAAGAACUGCAACACUGCUGGGUUUUUAACGCUCAAAAGUUUCCCGUGUUGUCCACCACCUAAAGGUCAUCCAGCCAACUUGACACAACUGUGGGAAGCAUUUAGGGUCAACAUGGGCCAACAUCCCUGUGGAACGCUUUCGACACCUUGUAGAGUCCGCGCCCGACGAAUUUAGGUGCAACUCAAUAUUGGAAGAUGUUCUUAAUGUUUUGUACACUGAGUGUAUAUCUGGGGAAUGGUGUUGAAAGUUUCCAAGAGCACAGUGGUCUCCAAUAUUGGGAAAUUGAAAAAAUAUGGAACUACCCAGACUCUGCCUAGAGCUGGCCGUCCGACCAAACUAAGCAACAGGGCAACAAGGACCUUGGCUGAGAUGGGAGAACUUGCCAGAAGGACAAAAGUCUCUACAGCAAUUCACCCUUUUACCUCCCAAGGGAGAUUUCAGCUGUUAUCGUGACUGUUGGAUACAUUCCACCUCAGGACAAGAAAUAUAACAAGCUGGCACUUAACGAACUGUACGAGGCUAUAACCAAGCAGAAAAACUUACAUCCAGAGACCACUUUUCUUCUUGCCGGCGAUUUUAUUUCUGCGUCAUAAAGACAUGUGAUGCCCAACUUCCAUCAACACAUCUCCCUCACCACUAGGGGCGAUAAAGUCCUAGACCACUGUUAUUCUAUCCACAAGCAAGCAUACAAGGCCCUCCCUCGUCCGCCAUUCGGCAAAUCAAAUCAUGACUCCGUACUCCUACUUUCUGUUUACAAGCAGAAGCUCAAAACAGGAAUUACCCUGACUCACUCCGUUUAGAAAUGGUCUCCAGAAUCAGAGAUUAUGCUACAGGAUGGCUUUGCUAGCGCUGAUUGGAAUAUGUUUCGGGACUCCGCCGAUAACGUAGACGAGCUAACCUCCUCCAUCACCGGCCUCAUUAGGAAAUGCAUCGGCGACAGUUACGUUUCGAUGCUUUCCCAAUCAAAAGCCUUGGAUUAACACUGAGGUUGGCGCUAAACUAAAGGAUAGGGCUACCGCGCACAGGUCUGUCGCAGACAACCCUGAGGCUAUGGCUGAGGACAGAAAAAAGUACAAGAAGUCCUGCUAUGACCUCCCUAGAGUCAUCAAACAAGAAAAAGGGCAAUAUAGGAAUAAAGAGGAAUCAUAUUACACUGGCUCUGACGCCUGCCGCAUGUGGCAGGGGCUACAGUCCAUUACGGAUUACAAAGGAAGACCCAGCCGUGAUCUGCCCAACGAUGCCUCUUUACCAGACAAACUCAAAAUGCACGCUUUGACAAUAACAACAUUGUGCCGGGUGUGAGGGCCGCCACCGACCCAGAAGUUGGGUGAUCUCGCUCUCCGAGGCAGACGUGAGUAAAGUCUUUAAUCAGGUCAAUACCCGCAAGGGCGCGGGGCCCGAUGGUAUUCCAGGGCGCGUUCUCAGAGCAUGCGCAGAACAGCUGGCAGGUACAGUGGGAAAAAAAAGUAUUUAGUCAGCCACCAAUUGUGCAAGUUCUCCCACUUAAAAAGAUGAGAGAGGCCUGUAAUUUUCAUCAUAGGUACACGUCAACUAUGACAGACAAAUUGAGAAUCAGAAUCCAGAAAAUAACAUUGUAGGAUUUUUAAUGAAUUUAUUUGCAAAUUAUGGUGGAAAAUAGGUAUUUGGUCACCUACAAACAAGCAAGAUUUCUGGCUCUCACAGACCUGUAACUUCUUCUUUAAGAGGCUCCUCUGUCCUCCACUCGUUACCUGUAUUAAUGGCACCUGUUUGAACUUGUUAUCAGUAUAAAAGACACCUGUCCACAACCUCAAACAGUCACACUCCAAACUCCACUAUGGCCAAGACCAAAGAGCUGUCAAAGGACACCAGAAACAAAAUUGUAGACCUGCACCAUGCUGGGAAGACUGAAUCUGCAAUAGGUAAGCAGCUUGGUUUGAAGAAAUCAACUGUGGGAGCAAUUAUUAGGAAAUGGAAGACAUACAAGACCACUGAUAAUCUCCCUCGAUCUGGGGCUCCACGCAAGAUCUCACCCCGUGGGGUCAAAAUGAUCACGGUGAGCAAAAAUCCCAGAACCACACGGGGGGACCUAGUGAAUGACCUGCAGAGAGCUGGGACCAAAGUAACAAAGCCUACCAUCAGUAACACACUACGCCGCCAGGGACUCAAAUCCUGCAGUGCCAGACGUGUCCCCCUGCUUAAGCCAGUACAUGUCCAGGCCCGUCUGAAGUUUGCUAGAGUGCAUUUGGAUGAUCCAGAAGAGGAUUGGGAGAAUGUCACAUGGUCAGAUGAAACCAAAAUAUAACUUUUUGGUAAAAACUCAACUCGUCGUGUUUGGAGGACAAAGAAUGCUGAGUUGCAUCCAAAGAACACCAUACCUACUGUGAAGCAUGGGGGUGGAAACAUCAUGCUUUGGGGCUGUUUUUCUGCAAAGGGACCAGGACGACUGAUCCGUGUAAAGGAAAGAAUGAAUGGGGCCAUGUAUCGUGAGAUUUUGAGUGAAAACCUCCUUCCAUCAGCAAGGGCAUUGAAGAUGAAACGUGGCUGGGUCUUUCAGCAUGACAAUGAUCCCAAACACACCGCCCGGGCAACGAAGGAGUGGCUUCGUAAGAAGCAUUUCAAGGUCCUGGAGUGGCCUAGCCAGUCUCCAGAUCUCAACCCCAUAGAAAAUCUUUGGAGGGAGUUGAAAGUCUGUGUUGCCCAGCGACAGCCCCAAAACAUCACUUCUCUAGAGGAGAUCUGCAUGGAGGAAUGGGCAAAUACCAGCAACAGUGUGUGAAAACCUUGUGAAGACUUACAGAAAACGUUUGACCUGUGUCAUUGCCAACAAAUGGUAUACAGUGGGGAGAACAAGUAUUUGAUACACUGCCGAUUUUGCAGGUUUUCCUACUUACAAAGCAUGUAGAGGUCUGUAAUUUUUAUCAUAGGUACACUUCAACUGUGAGAGACGGAAUCUAAAACAAAAAUCCAGAAAAUCACAUUGUAUGAUUUUUAAGUAAUUAAUUUGCAUUUUAUUGCAUGACAUAAGUAUUUGAUACAUCAGAAAAGCAGAACUUAAUAUUUGAUACAGAAACCUUUGUUUCCAAUUACAGAGAUCAUAUGUUUCCUGUAGGUCUUGACCAGGUUUGCACACACUGCAGCAGAGAUUUUGGCCCACUCCUCCAUACAGACCUUCUCCAGAUCCUUCAGGUUUCGGGGCUGUCGCUGGGCAAUACGGACUUUCAGCUCCCUCCAAAGAUUUUCUAUUGGGUUCAGGUCUGGAGACUGGCUAGGCCACUCCAGGACCUUGAGAUGCUUCUUACAGAGCCACUCCUUAGUUGCCCUGGCUGUGUGUUUCGGGUCGUUGUCAUGCUGGAAGACCCAGCCACGACCCAUCUUCAAUGCUCUUACUGAGGGAAGGAGGUUGUUGGCCAAGAUCUCGUGAUAGAUGGCCCCAUCCAUCCUCCCCUCAAUACAGUGCAGUCGUCCUGUCCCCUUUGCAGAAAAGCAUCCCCAAAGAAUGAUGUUUCCACCUCCAUGCUUCACAGUUGGGAUGGUGUUCUUGGGGUUGUACUCAUCCUUCUUCUUCCUCCAAACACGGCGAGUGGAGUUUAGACCAAAAAGCUAUAUUUUUCUCAUCAGACCACAUGACCUUCUCCCAUUCCUCCUCUGGAUCAUCCAGAUGAUCAUUGGCAAACUUCAGACGGGACUGGACAUGCGCUGGCUUGAGCAGGGGGACCUUGCGUGCGCUGCAGGAUUUUAAUCCAUGACGGCGCAGUGUGUUACUAAUGGUUUUCUUUGAGACUGUGGUCCCAGCUCUCUUCAGGUCAUUGACCAGGUCCUGCCGUGUAGUUCUGGGCUGAUCCCUCACCUUCCUCAUGAUCAUUGAUGCCCCACGAGGUGAGAUCUUGCAUGGAGCCCCAGACCGAGGGUAAUUGACCGUCAUCUUGAGCUUCUUCCAUUUUCUAAUAAUUGCGCCAACAGUUGUUGCCUUCUCACCAAGCUGCUUGCCUAUUGUCCUGUAGCCCAUCCCAGCCUUGUGCAGGUCUACAAUUUUAUCCCUGAUGUCCUUACACAGCUCUCUGGUCUUGGCCAUUGUGGAGAGGUUGGAGUCUGUUUGAUUGAGUGUGUGGACAGGUGUCUUUUAUACAGGUAACGAGUUCAAACAGGUGCAGUUAAUACAGGUAAUGAGUGGAGAACAGGAGGGCUUCUUAAAGAAAAACUAACAGGUCUGUGAGAGCUGGAAUUCUCACUGGUUGGUAGGUGAUCAAAUACUUAUGUCAUGCAAUAAAAUGCAAAUUAAUUACUUAAAAAUCAUACAAUGUGAUUUUCUGGAUUCUUGUUUUAGAUUCAGUCUCUCACAGUUGAAGUGUACCUAUGAUAAAAAUUACAGACCUCUACAUGCUUUGUAAGUAGGAAAACCUGCAAAAUCGGCAGUGUAUCAAAUACUUGUUCUCCCCACUGUAUAACAAAGUAUUGAGAAACUUUUGUUAUUGACCAAAUACUUAUUUUCCAAAUUCAUAAAAAAUCCUACAAUGUGAUUUUCUGGAUUUUCUUUCUCAAUUUGUCUGUCAUAGUUGACGUGUACCUAUGAUGAAAAUUACAGGCCUCUCUCAUCUUUUUAAGUGGGAGAACUUGCACAAUUGGUGGCUGACUAAAUACUUUUUUCCCCCACUGUAUUUCACUCCAAGCAUCAACCACUGUUUGAGGAACAUGCAGCCUCUCGCUACGCGACAGGUGAUAUUCCGCCCAAACUCUGUAUGACACGUGCUCUCCAACCCUGUUCCUGCAGCUACCCAGUGCUUAAUUUGGGAAACCAAGUGAAAUCUGUUCGGGAACAUCGAUAAUAACAUGUUUUCACAACUAAACAUAUUUAAUUAAACUGUUGAUAGCCCCUCUCUCUGCACGCUUGAGCAAGAAAUGAAGGUGAGAGAGGAGGAGAUGUAAAUGCACGGUGUUGAGAUAUUAUGUAGCUAAAGGUAAUGUGUCAGCCUAUUAAUUAUGAAAAUAUAAAAAAUACCCUUUUUUACUAGGCUAUUCAAAAUCAAAUACAAAUUCACUAUAAUUGUAGGCUAACUCUGUAAGCCGCCCUGCACAAUCAAUGAACAAACAGCAUCGCCUAGGCCUAUACAUUCUCUCCCAGACUCAUAGAUAGAAUGUUUGGAGUGUAGCAAAAGAUAACCAGUCCAUCCAGUAAGCAUAAUAAUUCAAUCCACACUCAAAGUCGACUACUAGAAUUUGUUCAAUUUUGGAGUAUAGGCUAGACCAAUUAUGCACCAAAGACAUCUUAAAUCAGCUUUUUAAAAAUGUUUUUCUGCCUUGUGUAAAAUGCGGUAGGCUAUGUAUUGUAUAACGGCACAAUCAUUAUAAAAAUAAAAAAAUACAUUCGGGCUUGGGCUCAUAUAUACAUUUACAUUUGAGUAAUUUAGCAGACGCUCUUAUCCAGAGUUUUUUUUCUCAUUUUGUCUGUCAUAGUUGACGUGUACCUAUGAUGAAAAUUACAGGCCUCUCUCAUCUUUUUAAGUGGGAGAACUUGCACAAUUGGUGGCUGACUAAAUACUUUUUUUCCCCACUGUAUAUUCACAGUAAUUUUCAACCUAUCCUUGUCCCAGUCUGUAAUCCCCACAUGUUUUAAGAUGACCACAAUCAUUCCUGUUCCCAAGAACUCUAAGGCUUCAUGCUAUAAUGACUACCGCCCUGUAGCACUCACAUCUGUAAUCCUGAAGUGCUUUGAAAGGCUGGUUAUGGCACACAUCAACUCCAUCAUCCCAGACACCGUCGACCCACUCCCAAUUUACAUACCGCAACAGAUCCAUAGACAACGCAAUCUCAAUUGCACUCCACACUGCCCUCACCCACCUAGAUAAGAGGAAUACCUAUGUGAGAAUGCUGUUCAUUGACUACAGAUCAGCAUUCAACACCAUUGUCCCCUACAAGCUCGUCACCAAGCUUAGGACCCUGGGACUGAACACCUCCCUCUGCAACUGGAUCCUGGACUUCCUGCGAAGGCCGACCCCAUGUGGUGAGGGUAGGCAACAUCACCUCUGCCACGCUGACCCUCAACACGGGGGGCCCCACAGGGGUGUGUGCUUAGUCCCCUCCUGUACUACCUGUUCACCCACAACUGCAUGACCACGCACGACUCAAACGCCAUCAUCAAGUUUGCUGACGACACGACGGUGGUAGGCCUGAUCACCAGCGAUGAUGAGACAGCCUACGGGGAGGAGGUCAGUGACCUGGCAGUGUGGGGCCGGAACAACAACCUCCCUCUCAACAUCAGUAAAACCAAGGAGCUGAUCGUGGACUACAGGAAAUGGGGGGGGGGGGGGGGGGGUGAGCGCGCCCCCAUCCACAUCGACAGGGCUGCAGUGGAACGGGUCGAAGGCUUUAAGUUCCUCGGUGUCCAAAUCACUAAGAACUUAAAAUGGUCCACACACACUUGCACAGUCGUGAAGAAGGUGUGACAGCGCCUCUUCCACCUCAGGAAAUUAAAGGUUUGGCAUGGGCCCUCAAAUCCACAAAAAGUUAUACAGCUGUACCAUUGAGAGCAUCUUGACUGGCUGCAUCACUGCUUAGUAUGGCAAUAGCACCGCCCUCGAUCGCAUGGCACUACAGAGGGUGGUGCGGACAGCCCAGUACAUCACUGGAGCCGAGCUCUCUGUCAUCCAGGGCCUCUAUAUCAGGCGUUGUGAAAGGAAGGCCCGGAAAAUCAUUAAAGACUCCAACCACCCAAGCCAUAGACUGUUCUCUCUGCUUACGCACGGCAUUCGGUACCAGUGCAUCAAGUCUGACACCAACAGGUUCCUGAACAGCUUCUGUCUCCAUGCCAUAAGACUGCUAAAUAGCUAAAAAAAUGGCUACGCAGACUGAGUCUCUAUGCACAUUCACAGGGCCCUACACACUACACACACUGAUACUCCAACACAUACAAAUACUCACUCCAUUUGCUCACACACACACACACACACACAAAAUAUGCAUAUACAUUUACACAUUUACACACACACUCACAUACAAUCAUUAUAUACACUGCUUCUACUCUGUUUAUCAUAGACCCUGAUGCCUAGUCACCUUACCCCUAUACAGCAGUAGCAAUACAAUGCUAUAACAUAUAUAGAAGAGACAUGAAUGCUUAUGGGGGAGGUGUUGAUAGAUAUAUAUAUAUAUAUAUAUAUACAGUACCAGUCAAAAGAUUGGACACACCUACUCAUUCAAGGGUUUUUCUUUUCUUUUUUACUAUUUUCUAGUAAAAAAAAGAGUGUGCAAAGCUGUCAUCAAGGCAAAGCGUGUCUAUUUGAAGAAUCUCAAAUUAAAAAUAUUUGUUGAUUUGUUUAACACUUUUUUGUUUACUACAUGAUUCCAUAUGUGUUAUUUCAUCGUUUUGAUGUCUUCACUGUUACUCUACAUUGUAAAAAAUAGUAAAAAUAAAGAAAAACCCUUGAAUGAGUAGGUGUGUCCAAACUUUUGACUGGUGUGUAUAUAUACACACAGUAUAUUCUGAAAGUAUUCAGACCCCUUGACUUUUUCCACAUUGUGACAUUACAGCCUUAUUCUAAAAUGGAUUAAACCGUUUUUUUUUGCCUCAAUCUACACACAAUACCCAAUAAUGACAAAGCAAAAACAGUAUUUUUGAAUUUCUUGCUAAUUAAAAAUUAAAAUAAUAGUAAUAAUAUCACAUUUGCAUAAGUAUUCAGACCCUUUACUCAGUACAUUGUUGAAGCACGUUUAGCAGCGAUUACUACUCCCUUCACAGAACAGCGCAAACUGGCUCUAACCAGAAUAGAAAGAGGAGUGGGAGGCCCCGGUGCACAACUGAGCAAGAGGACAAAUACAUUAGUGUCUAGUUUGAAAAGCAGGCGCCUCACAGGUCCUCAACUGACAGCUUCAUUAAAUAGUACCUGCAAAACAGUCUCAACGUCAACAGUGAAGAGGCGACUCCGGGAUGCUGACCUUCUAGGCAGAGUUGCAAAGAAAAAGCCAUAUCUCAGACUGCCCAUCUUAAUCUUUUAAUUUUAUUGGCCAGUCUGAGAUAUGGCUUUUUCUUUGCAACUCUGCCUAGCAGGCAUGGGUUUUUGAUAAUUGCCGUAGAGUGGAUCUACAGGGUUUGGCUGACCACUUUUCUAUACCCAUACCGAGGGUUUUAGUGAAAGCGGAAGUUAGGAAAGUGGUGUUAGAGGUAUUAUUGAACGAGCGAGUGCUUGAGUUACCGCCGCCUGAGCCUGCAGCUCCUGUAGAGGAUGUGGCUGCUGCUCCUGUAAGCCCGUCGGCGUCUGAGGACGAGGGCGAGGCUAAGGCUCCAGCCACAUUGCCCCGUUUUGACCCACUCUCCCCACUGUCCAACAGUGAUGCCAGGAUGGAUGUCUGCUGGACACAGCUCCAAAUGUAGGCGGAAGAGAGGGCACAAAUCAGGCGAGAAAAGUUGGAGAUGCGUAAGCUAGAGGCAGAACAGGAGACGCGUAAGAUGGAACUGGAGAUGCUUAGACUUGAUCAAGAACUGGAGAUGCGUAAAAUGGAACUGGAGGAAGAGACAGCGAGAUUAGUCUGCUAUGCCUGCUAGUGAGCCGUCCUCACCAGCUGUGUCGUCUGCUACUUUUGAUAUUAGUAGACAGAUCACCUUAGUACCUGUGUUUAGGGAAUCAGAGGUUGACUCUCAUUGAUACUCAUGCAAAUUUUUCAGUGUCUGGUUCAGUGUUGAGCUUGGCAGCUGUGACUAGCUGGUUUCGUGUGCAGUAUUCGUCAGAUCGUGUUGCUAGCUGAAAAUGGCUACUUUUGAUUUGGAUGCCUUUUUGGAAAGCCUACGUGGGGGGUUUGUAACAUAACGUUUAUGUUACGAACCCCGUGGCUUUAAAAGUCUAGGGUGGAUGGAAAAGAGACCCGUAACAUAACUCAUGCGAAUUAGAAUAUUGUCAAGGAACAGUGAGAACAAAAUACACCGACAACCAUAUGCUACCGUCAAACACAAAAUGUUUAUUAUAAACACACAGUAAACGGUUUGGGGAAAAGGGGCUGAGCUGGACCCAAGGAAUGAAACAAUAAAGUCAAAAACCCCUAAACUGAUCUUGCCUGCCUCAAGAACCGCUAAGCUUACUGCUAACCAUACAAAAAUGCAGUGGGUGGUCCGCUCAGGUCUAAGUAGUGUGUUUAGACAAGGUUUUCCUACGGGUAGUGUAUGCCCAAGGGCCACUUGCUAAACCCCCCUUUUCCCAGGCACAAACAAACAACAUAGGUCCAAUAUGGACUAGACAGCAAACAAGUGAGUACACAAAAACAAGACACCACAGUAUCCAUACUCACAAAGAAAAAGAGUCUUAACAUGUUGAAGACAUACCACACCAGACCCGUCACCCAGAUAGACAGUCCAGAGAAACUGGCCGAAACGGCUGUCUCUAUUGCUGCUGCGGCUGUAGUGGGAGGUCAUGUUAAUGAUGUGGACGGAGAUGGUUUAGAGUUGCGCAAUACUCAGCAGCAGUGUGCUAGAUUGCCCAAUUCAGAGAUGCUGCUGUCUCUCCCGUCAAGCCUGAUUCAUUUAACGGACGGACAGUCAGAUGAUAUUGUGAGGCUAUUACACAGCUUUCCAUGUCUUUUUAAUGAUGUUCCUACGCGCACAAAUGUGUUAGAACAUGACAUUAAUGUUAGAAAUGCUGCACCUAUCAACCAUCAUGCUUAUCGUGUCAAUGUCUCUAAAAGAAAGAUAAUGAUGGAUGAGGUCGGUUAUUUGCUGGAGAAUAACCUGGCUAUGCCAAGUUCAAGUCCUUGGAGUUCUCCGUGCAUUCUGGUUCCCAAACCUGAUGGGAUAUCCAGGUUAUGUACAGACUAUCGAAAGGUAAAUUCUGUCACAGUGCCCGACUCGUUCCCGUUACACAGACUGGAUGACUGUAUUGACACUGUUGGUGCUGCUACUUAUGUAACCAACCUAGAUAUUCUAAAAGGUUACUGGCAGGUGCCGUUAACCUCACGUGCCUCCGACAUCUCUGCCUUUGUGACCCCAGACAACUUCCUACAAUAUGCUGUCAUGGCAUUUGGGAUGCGGAACGCACCAGCCACUUUCCAACACCUGGUUAGCCUCCCGAGUGGCGCAGUAGUCUAAGGCACUGCAUCGCAGUGCUAGCUGUGCCACUAGAGAUCCUGGUUCGAAUCCAGGCUCUGUCGUAGCCGGCCGCGACCGGGAGACCCAUGGGGCAGCGCACAAUUGGCCCAGCGUCGUCCAGGGUAGGGGAGGGAAUGGCUGGCAGGGAUGUAGCUCAGUUGGUAGAGCAUGGCGUUUGCAACGCCAGGGUUGUGGGUUCGAUUCCCACGGGGGGCCAGUAUGAAAAAAUAAAAAAUAAUAAUGUAUGCACUCACUAACUGUAAGUCGCUCUGGAUAAGAGCGUCUGCUAAAUGACUAAAAUGUAAAAAUGUUAACACCGUAUUGGCUGGAGUUCCUAAUUGUAGUGCUUACCUUGAUGAUCUGGUAAUUUAUUCAACUGAGUGGUCAGAUCAUAUUAACACUAAGGGUAGUGUGUGAACGUCUAGCAAAGUGCGAGUUUGGGAAGGCCACUGUUACUUAUUUCGGGAAACAGGUCGACCAUGGUCAGGUGCGCCCUGUUGAUGCCAAGGUCUCGGCUAUAACUGCAUUUCCAGCACCUACCACCAGAAGAGAGCUACGCCGCUUUUUAGGGAUGGUUGGCUACUACCAUAGUUUCUGUAAACAUUUCUCUACGGUAGUUGCUCCAUUAAUGGAUUUGCUCAGUCCUGCGGGAAAGUUUGUAUGGUCUGUGGAUUGUCACACUGCUUUCAACACUGCUAAAGCACUCUUAUGCAGUACCCCUGUUCUUGCUGCUCCAGAUUUUUAACGGCCGUUUACACUUGAGGUAGAUAUUAGUGCCAGAGGUGCUGGUGCUGUUCUACUGCAGCCGGACCAGAGUGGAGUGGACCAUCCUGUCUGUUAUUUUUCUUGGAAAUUUAACAAAUGUCAAACUAACUAUUCAACCAUUGAACAAGAAGCUCUAGCUUUGUUGUUAGCUCUGCAGUACUUCGAAGUCUAUGUUGGUUCCAGUGCACUACCAGUGAUAGUGUAUACUGACCAUAACCCCUUAGUUUUUCUCCACUGUAUGUACAACCAGAACCAAUGCCUUAUGCGUUGGGCACUUGUUGUGCAAAAAUAUAAUUUGGAGAUCCGCCAUAAAAAGGGUUCGGAUAAUGUGAUGGCAGAUGCUUUGUCUCGUGUUUAGAGAUAUAGGAUUUAUUUUCUAUCCCGUGAGGAUGCUUUUACUCUUUGAAUUUGUUUUGUGUGUUGUGAUAGUACAUGAGUCGCAAACCAUUGUUGGUUUGCUCUUUUAAGGGUGGGAGUGUUACGGAUAUAGGUAUCCUGUAUGUGUAUUUGUUUUUCCUCUCCUUACAUUUGAGUUAUUUAGCAGACGCUCUUAUCCAGAGCAACUUACAGUUGGUGAGUGCAUACAUUUUAAAAUUAAAAAAAAAAUGUUUUAUACUCCUUCAGCCCUAAUCACAGGUGUGCCUUGUUUUCCUGAUUGGUGGUCGUUGGGGUGUCCCACCUGUCCGACAUCCGUUCAUCUGCUGAUUGCUGAGGUGGACCAAUCCUCUGUAUUGCACCACCUGUUUCUGGUUUUUCAUUACCAUGUCACAUCCCCUGGUUUUAAAAAGCCAGUCAGUUCUGUUUUCUGACAGAGACCACUGCGCCACUCGGGAGGCUAACCAGAUGUUGUGUACUCACUCGUUUGCUGUCUAGUCCAUAUUUACAUUUUAGUCAUUUAGCAGACGCUCUUAUCCAGAGCAACUUACAGUUAGUGAGUGCAUAUAUUAUUUUUCAUACUGGCCCCCCGUGGGAAUCGAACCCACAACCCUGGCGUUGCAAACGCCAUGCUCUACCAACUGAGCUACAUCCCUGCCAGCCAUUCCCUCCCCUACCCUGGACGACGCUGGGCCAAUUGUGCGCUGCCCCAUGGGUCUCCCGGUCGCGGCCGGCUACGACAGAGCCUGGAUUCGAACCAGGAUCUCUAGUGGCACAGCUAGCACUGCGAUGCAGUGCCUUAGACCACUGCGCCACUCAGGAGGUUAUAUUGGACCUAUGUUGUUUGUUUGUGCCUUGGAAAAUGGGGGUUUAUCAAGUCGCCCUUGGGUAUACACUACCCGUAGGAAAACCUUGUCUAAACACACUAGUUAGACCUGAGCGGACCACCCACUGUAUUUUUGUAUGUUUAGCAGUAAGCUUAGCGGUUCUUGAGGCAGGCAAGAUCAGUUUAGUUUAAAAAAAAAACAUUGUUUCAUUCCUUGGGUCCAGCUCAGCCCCUUUUCCCCAAACCAUUUACCGUGUGUUUAUAAUAAACAAUUUGUGUUUGAUGGUAGCAUAUGGUUGUCGGUGUAUUUUGUUCUCACUGUUCCUUGUCAAUAUCAUAAUUCCGUUCAAAUAUUUUUUAUUGAACACACACAAGAAUGGUGUAUAGGUAUGAAAGACACGUGUACAGUUCUUAUCUAAACAUAAGAGAACAGACAUGAACAACAAGACCCAGAGUUCUGGGCACAAAACAAAUAUUACAAAACACGACAUACAGAACAGGGACAGGUAGAAAGAAAAAGGGUAGAUGUAACCCCCCCACUUAUACCCCCCUUUAUCCCCCCCCCCCCCUUAUUCCACCCUAUUCCCCUCCCGACUGCUCGGGUGGCGGGGCCAGCACACGCUGCCCAAAGGUAGAUUACAAUAUGACAAUUGAGAGUGCAUUAAAAAGUACAGAUUCACAGCGCCGACUGGUCCAAGUAAGAGAGGAAAGGCUGCCAGAUUUGAUCAAAUGUUGAUAAUUUAUUGUUCAGAAUAUAUCUAAUCUUUCUAAGUGUACAGUGUUUGCCAAUUCGCUGAGCCAUAAUUUGGUAGAGGGCGCUUCCCUCCUUUUCCAAAACAACAAGAUUAAUUUUUUUGCCGAAAUGAGACUGUAAGAGAUUAGUUGUUUUUGGGAGUUGGUUAAUCCGUUUAGGGAAUCGGACACUCCCAGGAUUAUCAGAAGCGGGUCUGGGUCUUUUGAAGUCUCCAGAACUUCAGAGAGGACCCCAAAAAUUCCACACCAAUAACCAUACAGGCUAGAGUAUAGGGCAAAGCAGUGGAGUAGUGUACCCUGCUCAACCUGACAUUUAUCACACAUAGGGGAUGUAUCAGGAAAUAUCCUAUGCAGUUUAGUUUUGGAAUAGUGUAAUCUGUGUAAUACCUUAUAUUGUAUGAGACGAUGUCUGGAGUUAAUGGAGCAGGUGUGGAUAUACUCCAAGUUAUCCUCCCAGUCUGCCACCGAAAUGUCAGUCCCUAGUUCUUCCUCCCAUUUUGCCUUAAUGGCAUCAGUAGAGGGUGCGCUAGCAGAUUGAAAAGCGUCAUAUAGACGAGAUAUCAGUUUGUCUGAGGUGGGGCAUAUUUUUAUGCAUCUGUCAAACAUGGAAGGUUUAGCAUUCCCAAAUGUUGGGAGGUGUUUUCUAACAGUCUCUAAUUUGUAGGUAUCUGAAAAAGUUACUUCUGGGAAGGUUAUAAGUUUCCCUCAGCGAUUCAAAGGAAGCAAAGGUCCCUCCUAUAUAUAAAUCCCCUAUGGUACUUAUCCCCAACUCUCCCCAUCGCUCAAAGGUGUUAUCAAGGUUAGAGGGGGCAAAGGAGGGAUUCCUGGCAACAGGGAGCAUGAAUGAUAUUGGUCUAAGCUCAAAGUGGACUUUAAUUUGCUUCCAGAUUCGGACUGUGCUAUGUAUAAUAGGAUUCAAUCAAAUAAGUUCGAAUUUUUUAUGUAGGUAUUCAAGAAUUCGCAUGAAUAGGAGGUAGGGGUUCGCCGGGUAGAGGAUCUAUCCAAAUAUUGGUCUAGUACACAGUUAAGGUCCCCUCCAAUGACCAGAUUAGUAUGGGAGAUAUCUGGAAUCAGGGCAAGGACUCUUUUGAAAAAAGAGGGGUUAUCAAUGUUUGGCCCAUAGAUAUUUAGUAGAGUUACAGAAGUAGAGUGGAUCUCUCCUAUCAAUAUUAUAAUUCACAUGAGUUAUGUUACGGGUCUCUUUUCCAUCCACCCUAGACUGUUAAAGCCACGGGGUUUGAAACAUAUGUCAUGACUCACAGGUAAUUUGGAUGGCAUUCCCAGUAAGUCUCUGUCAGAUUUCAUGUGAAAACUAUGACGGACCAUCUGGCAAACUAUUCUGUUCUCACAAGAGAAGAUACUAGGUGUAGACUUAACAAAACCAUUUCAUACUUGCGUUCCCAAGAAAAUGGGUUUGCCACCCAAACCAGAAGUUCAGGAAAUCUCAUUGUGAUUUUAUUUAUUCAUGGAAGGUAGCAUGGGUCGUUCCACGAAUAAAGUCACUUUUGCAUCCCGUUGAUAUUUUAAAUAGAAAUUGUACACCAAUAUUGCAUUUUAAAAUUGUAUGGGUCGUUCCAUGUUAUUUCUGCAAACCAUGACACGCAUCAUCUCAGAUUAUUUGAAAAUUGUUUCUGAAGUUAGAAACAGAAGAUAAGCAUUCCGGAAACAUUUUGCUGAAAUAUAAUUUGAUCUCUGAGAAAUUAAGCUAAUUGAUUGCACCCAAAUUGUCAAUUUUAAUUUAUAUCAUAUUCAAUAAAUAUAGUACCUAACAUCCUAUUUGGACCAAACUUUAUCAACAAUGAGUUAAACAUGAGGAAUCCAAAAUAAUGGUCAAAAGCCACCCUUGGAACCCCCACCGUGUCAGUGCAGUACAAAUUGAGUGCCCUUUUCUAUAAGCUUGCUGAAAGUCUGUUGUCAAUUUGUUUUUCAGAGAAAUAGCAUUGUAUUUAGUCAAACACAAUUUUUUCCAACAGUUUGCUAAGAGCUGGCAGCAAACGGAUAGGUCUGCUGUCAGAACCAGUAAAGGCCGCUUUACCACUCUUGGGUAGAGAAAUGACUUUGGCUUCCCUUCAGGCCUGAGGAUAAACAUCUUGCUCUAGACUCCGAUUAAAGAUAUGACAGACAGGAGUGGACAUAUAGUCAGCUACCAUGCUCAGUAGCCUUCCAUCGAAGUUGUCAAUGCCAGGAGGUUUGUGAUUAUUGAUCGAUAACAGUAAUUUUUCCACCUCUCCCACACUAACUUUACACAAUUCUAACUGACAAUGCUUUUCUUUUAAUUAUUUGUAUUUUUUAUGCAUGAAUAUGAUUGCUCACUGUUCGUUGUUGGCAUUUCCUGUCUAAGUUUGCUGACUUUGCCAAUUAAGCAAUCAUUAAAAUAAUUGCCAACAUCAAAUGGUUUUGUGAUGAAUAAGCCAUCUGAUCUGAUUAAAGAGGUUUGUCUUUCUGCCCAUAAUUUCAUUUAAAGUACUCAAGUUUUUUUUUCUAUCAGUCUUUAUAUCAUUGAUCUUGGCUUCAUAUACAGGUUGUUCUUCUUUUUGUUGAGUUUAGUCACAUAAUUUCUAAAUUUCUCCUUUUGCCCCACCUCGUUCAACCAUACAGUUUUUAAAUUCCUCAUCCAUCCAUGGAACCUUAACAGUUCUAACAGUCAGUUUCUUAACAGGUGCAUGUUUAUCAAUAAUUGGAAGAAGCAAUUUCAUAAAUUAAUCAAGUGCAGCGUCUGGUAAACGGUUUGGGGAAAAGGGGCUGAGCGUCUGGUAAACGGUUUGGGGAAAAGGGGCUGAGCGUCUGGUAAACGGUUUGGGGAAAAGGGCCUGAGCGUCUGGUAAACGGUUUGGGGAAAAGGGGCUGAGCGUCUGGUAAACGGUUUGGGGAAAAGGGGCUGAGCGUCUGGUAAACGGUUUGGGGAAAAGGGGCUGAGCGUCUGGUAAACGGUUUGGGGAAAAGGGGCUGAGCGUCUGGUAAACGGUUUGGGGAAAAGGGGCUGAGCGUCUGGAAAACGGUUUGGGGAAAAGGGGCUGAGCGUCUGGAAAACGGUUUGGGGAAAAGGGGCUGAGCGUCUGGUAAACGGUUUGGGGAAAAGGGGCUGAGCUGGACGCAAGGAAUGAAACAAUAAAGUAAAAAAAAAAGUAAAAUGAUCUUGCCUGCCUCAAGAACCGCUCAGCUUACUGCUAAACAUACAAAAAUACAGUGGGUGGUCCGCUCAGGUCUAAGUAGUGUGUUUAGACAAGGUUUUCCUACGGGUAGUGUAUGCCCAAGGGCCACUUGCUAAACCCCCCUUUUCCCAGGCACAAACAAACAACAUAGGUCCAAUAUGGACUAGACAGCAUACAAGUGAGUACACAAAAACAAGACACCACAGUAUCCAUACUCACAAAGAAAAAGAGUAUCUGUCAGAAAACACAACUGACUGGCUUUUACAACCAGAAACAGGUGGUGCAAUACAUCUGGAUAACUGUGCCAGCUCCUCAGAGAGAGACUGGUCACUUUCAUCUAAUACCUCCAAUACGGCUAUCACCUUUCCUCCGGCAAUAUCGUUGCCCAUUAUAACUGUCACACCUUUUCCUGGCAACAUAGGAUGUACUCCAACUCUGAAUAAUCCACUGACUGACUCGUUCACAAAGUACGUUCACAAAGUGCAAUGGCACUGGGACGAAUCCCAUUUCAAUUCCCUGUACUAACACACUGGAACCACAAUGUGUAUUAUCGGACAAGGGCAACACAUCAAAUUGUAUGAACGACUGCGCCGCACCAGUAUCUCUUAAGGAUUCUAACCCGACGCGGAGACGCUUCGUCAUCUGAUAUGGAAACAAACCCCUCAAAAAUGAACGGUUCAUAACUGCGAUCUGGGACUGGGACUUUCAAACCACAUUUACUAUGAGGCAUCUGUUUUGAUUCCGGCCGUACAACUGUAUGAAUCAGCCCAACACUCGUUGGCGGCCUGGCGUGCAGAGGCAUCCCCCGUUUGCGUUUUAGCAGGAGCAAUCAUUAACCAUAUGUCCCACCUUAUGACAACAGAAACAGUGACGCACAUCUUUCGGGCGUACUGGAUGUACUGCUGAUCGACUAGGGCUAAGAGUGGGCCCUGCUCUCCGUACGAGCCGAAAACACGCUCUUGUGCAUCAACACAAAGUCGUCUGCCAAUACAGAUACUUCCGACAGUGAGGAUACUUUCUGUUCGUUUAGGUAAACUACAAUGCGUUCGGGUAAGCAAUUUUUAAACUCUUCGAACAAGAUUAACUCCCGUAGAGUGUUAAAAUAAUUUACCUUACUAGCAGUGUGCCAUCUGUCAAACAGAUUUCCUUUGUCUCUAGCAAACUCCACAUAAGUCUGAGUACGAAGAACAGUAGCUUUGACCACGUGAUAAUUCAAGCUGUCACAGGUUAUCUCCUCAUCACUGGCAGACUGGCUGCUUGUUUCCACUCCCACCGCCAGAGGGCACUGCUGCCCGUCCCUACUGUCUUGUGACGCUGUGGUACUUACUAUAGGCUGCCAGUCACUGGAUAAGUAGAUAAAUACUACACUUCAAUGUUCCCAGUGACUACAAGAAGCAGGAAUGUACCUGGAGAAGGAAUUUAGAAACAACAUUAUGCAUACAUAGAGCAAUUCACCACGGGGUUACAGUAGGACAAAUCACUAGAAACACAUGAACUCUAUUAUCACAGCUUGACUGAAAUCUUUUCUCAACAAGCACAUUUCAAAUCUCUGCUAUUAUGGCUAGCUACUUGGCUGAAGCUACUCGUGUCAAAUGUUCUGGCAACAUCUAUCAAGCGUCUAGUAACAUCCAUCAGCAUUCCUUUGAAUCAAAAGGUUGUUUGCUUGGUGAAGCCUACCGGUGUAUUGCUGGAUAAAAGCUCACAGUGCAUAGCUUAUGUUUGAAUGUUAAAUAACGAGGCAGAGGCAUUGAUGCGAGUAACCAGUCUUGUUCAGUAUAUUGCAAGACAUCCGGGUAUCUCAAGUACACCGGUAAAACACUGGAGUUGCAGUAAUGAACAUUUACCAACAGAUGGCAUCAAUGUGCCAUCUUCCACCCAUAACAUCUUCCCUUUUAUAAAAUAGGACAGGAACUGUCAAUUCACUAACAAAACAAACCUAGUAGUAAUUUCCAACAUGAACAGUUAAGUAUUUUUUUUAUUUUUAUUUUUUUAUUAACCACUUAACACAUUUUGAUACUCUCUUCACUUUUAUCUCUGUCUGUCAACAAUCCCUAAUGGGAAACCUACAGAUUAAGUCUUUUUGGUGGCUGGGACAGACGCCCGCAGCGUGAAAAGACAGGGGGCUUGUCUGCGUGGACUGCGGGCUCCCGCACAGGCGUGUCACCUGACUGUCUAAGGGGAGUAUUGAUGGGCGAGGGAGUGGCCGACCUGUGAUCCCCUGGCUCUUUGCCCAGUGCCUCAGGCCCCAUGUGACUUGCUGGGGUUCCGUCUUUUGUCAUGCGACCCCUAUGACCAUCCGAGUUCUGAGUGGAUGCUGGCUCAGCAAUCCGAAGGUCAACCCUGUUACGACAGUACAGUGAUCCAUUCACUUCUACCAAGUAGGAGCGUGGUGCCACUUUCUGUACACAGGAUCCGAGUCUCCAGAGGCCCGUCCGGUCCCCUGGUAGUGGCUUCAUUCGCACCGUUUCACCCACCCUGAGCUCAGGUAAGUCUUUUGCUGAUUUGUCGUAGAUGAACUUGGAGACCUGUCUUCUGUGACGUAGCUUCACCAGCACGUCUGUCACCACACAUGGCUCCAGGAGAGUGCUUGCUACUGGCAGAGCUGCUUUUAAACGCCGUGCCAUGAGGCGCUGGGCCGAGCUGCUAUCCAUGCCUUCUGUCGGGGUAUUGCGCCAUUGCAGGAUUGCUUUCCAGGCAUCUUUGCCCUCUCGCAGAGCUUUUUUGCAGAGGUUCUUUGCAAUUUUGACUGCCGACUCAGCCUUCCCAUUAGCUUUUGGGUGUCGUGGUGAUGAAGUGACAUGCUCGAAUUCCCAUUCUGCAGCAAAUUUUCGGAACUCACAUCCGGAGAAUUGGGGUCCAUUAUCUGAAAUUACCCUAUCUGGCUGGCCAUAGCGGGCAAACUGAGCCUUGCAGCGUUUGAUCGUUGUCUCUGCUGAGAGGUCGGGGAGGAGGUCAAUCUCCCAGAAGUCUGAGUAAUGAUCAACUACCAGCAGAAAGUCUUUGCCACUGUGCUGGAAGAAAUCUAGACUUACUAUCUGCCAGGGGCGCAUUGGUAGCUCGUGGGACAUCAUCAUCUCUCUCUGUUGCUCAAUGGCAUAUUCAUUGCAGAUUGUGCAUUUACUGACAUAGUCUUUGAUUUCACUCUGCAUUCCUGGCCAAUACAGUGUGUCACGUGCUUGUCUGUAACAGGCCUCACCUCCUAUGUGACUUGAGUGCACGCGCGCCAACAUCUCAGGGCGCAGAGACCGGGGAAUAAUGACUCUCUGACCCUUGAAUAUGACUCCGUUUUGAACACUGAGCUCUUCUUUGACUGGCCAAUAUUCUCUGGUGGCUAAAGCAGUUUCUUCCUUGCAGUCGGGCCAGCCCAUCAGAAUCACAGACCUCAAUGCCUGGAGUUGCUCGUCCCUGUCUGUGUGCUGUCUGAUUUGUAUAAGGCGCUGGUCCGUAACAUUGAGGUAGUCAGCCUGGUUGAUGUGUUCAACAUCCACUUGCUCUGUUUGUAAGCUGCACACUGCGUGUUGUUCAUGCAUGGAGCGUGUGUGAGUGCCUGAUGCAGUAGCCCUGCUGAGCGUGUCACUCACAUACAUCUCUGGCCCUGGCUUAUACACCACCUUGAGGUUGUAGUUUUGUAGGGCCAGUAGCAUGCUCUGCAGUCGUUUCGGGGCAUUCAGGAGAGGCUUGCUGAAUAUAGCAAUAAGGGGCUUGUGAUCUGUCUCUGCGGUAAUAUUGUCACGCCCGUACAGGUAGUGGUGGAAGCGUUGGCAUGCAAAUACAAUGCUGAGGCACUCCUUCUCUAUCUGGGCAUAGUUCUGCUCUGUUGGAGUGAGUGCCCUAGAGGCGAAUGCCACAGGCUGGCCCUCUUGCAUGAGGCAACAGCCCAGUCCAUACUGGCUUGAGUCACUCUGAAUCGUGACAGGUUUUGACACAUCGUAGUAUCGCAGUACAGGUGUCUGGGUGACCAGUUGUUUUAUUUCCCUCACCGCUGUGUCAUGUUUUGGGAGCCAAUGCCAGAUGGUGUCCUUGUCCAUGAGCCUCCUUAGUGGUUCACACACUUCAGAGAGCCGCGGUAGGAACUUGGCCAGGUAGGUGACGAAUCCGACGAAGCGCUGCACUGCCUUCACGUCAGAUGGGUGGGGCAUAUCCAAGACAGCCUUCACUUUUUCUGGAUCCGCCUUCAAUCCGGUGGAGGACAAGACGUGCCCAUGAAAGCGAACCUCUGGCACUUUAAACUGAAGCUUUUUUAUGCUUAGCCUUAGCUUGACCUGUCUGCAUCUGACCAUCAGGGCCAGCAGCUUGGCGUCAUGGUCACAUUCUGCCUCCUCAUCACUGUCCCCACAGCCCACUACGAGGAUGUCAUCUGCUAUGGGUUCCACGCCGCUGAGUCCCAUCAACAGCUCGUGCUGUUUCCGCUGAUACACCUCUGGAGCCACGGAGACACCAAACGGGAGCUUCAACCACCUCUUCCUGCCCCAGGGUGUCCAAAAGGUGGUCAUGUAGCUGCUGGGCUCGUCAAGCUUGCACUGCAGGAAGGCAUCUCUGGCGUCCACGAGCGUGAAGACUCUGGCCUUUGGGAGCUUGUAAAGAACAUCCUCCAACGUGGGCAUAAUGUAAUGUGAACGUCUCAGAGCCCGGUUGAGGUGUUUAGGAUCUAUGCAUAUCCGUAGCUUGUCUGGUUUCUUGACGAUAACCAUAUUACUUAUCCAGUCUGUAGGCUCGGUGACGGAUAUGAUGUGGCCAUCUGCUUCGUAUUUGUCAAGCUGAGCCUUUGUAGCUGCUUUCAUGGCCACUGGUACAUUGCGAGGUGCACACUGGACAGGCUGGAUUGCUGCAUCCAACUCAAAGUGGACUUCGCCGGGAACUGACUCGACCGGUGCGUUGAAGACAUCAUGGUACUUGCUUAGGAGAGUCUCCUUGCUCAGGGGCCCAGCCUGGACUUUGUCUAUAAUGUUAAGAUCAGCUGGGAUGGUGAAGUUAAUAAGCCCAAGGCGCUCGCAUGUAGAACCUGACAGUAAUGGCUGUUGACUAGCCUCAACUAUUUCAAACUCAAGAGUGUGUUUCUGGCCACGUAAAACACACUCUGUCACAAACAGGCCUAAAGAGGUCAUGAACUGGCCUGAAUACAGUUUCAGCUUGGUGCUACUCUGUGUGAGUUUGUCUCUGGGCGCGAGCCUCCUUUUAUCUUUAAGGCUCAUAACGUUACAUGUGGCCCCUGAAUCUAGCUGGCAUUGCUGUGGUUUAUUAUUAAGUAGCAGAGUGACAAACCAUUUUUUUCCUUUUGCCCUUACUGCCCCUAUGCACUCGCUAGCAUAUACAUCCUCUGUGCUGUUGUUCCCUUCAUCUGUGUUUAUUUCAAUAGAGUGCACUUUACCCUCCUUUCUCUUGCUUUUCAUGCAGGCCCUUGCGAAGUGAUUAGCUGUACCACAGGAUUUGCAUAUUUUUCCAUAGGCUGGGCAGUGUUCUUUUCCUCGUCCAUGAGAAAUGCCACAAUAUCGGCAUGCAUUGGGGUUGUCUACUGCAGAGUUGGCUGUAGUAUUAGCAUUAGCUGUGGCAAAAGGGAAUUUCUUUAUUGGCUGCCUGAAUGUAGCAUUGACAUUGUCCAUAUGUUGCCUUUCUAGCUCCAUGGACCUUAUCUGUAUAUCUGUAAGCUCUGCUGCACGGCAUGUCUCCACUGCCAAGACUAGUGUCAGGUCACGUUCUCUCAGCAAACGUCUGUGAGUGCCCUCAUCAGUUAUGCCAAGCACUAUCUUGUCUCUGAUCAGUUCAUCUCUUAAAGCACCAUAGUCACAUGUAGCUGCCUUUUCCCUUAGCUUAGUGACAAAGCUGUCAAUGGACUCCCCGUCCUCCUGUUUGCAACAACCGAAAACAUAACGCUCGUAGAUAACGUUCUUUGCUGGCUUAAAGUAAAGUUCGAGAGCAUCAAGAAUAGCUGUAGCGUUACCUUGCUGAGCUGCUGUUAGGUUCAGGUUGUGUUUGUAUACGUGUCGGCAUUCUGCUCCCAUUAUAGUCCUCAAAGUGGCAGCCACUACCUCAUCGUCCUUUUCCCGAAGUCCCGUUGCUAGUGCAUAGUCCUCCCAUUCACCUCUAAACGUAUCCCAGUUUGUGCUCCAAUCUCCGCUGAGCUUCAUAACGGCGGGAGGGGAAAUGUUCGCUGCCAUGUCUAAACGGUGCUAACAACACUGAAGCUAACUAGCAAACUCAAUCUAGCUAAGGACAAUUCCGGAGAAGUUUUACUCAACUAAGCUUUUUAAAACCAGAACAGGUGACUCUAAUUUGCGGAAAGCAUGGUUAGUUAUCCGACUCUGACACCAUGUUUGAAUGUUAAAUAACGAGGCAGAGGCAUUGAUGCGAGUAACCAGUCUUGUUCAGUAUAUUGCAAUACAUCCGGGUAUCUCAAGUACACCGGUAAAACACUGGAGUUGCAGUAAUGAACAUUUACCAACAGAUGGCAUCAAUGUGCCAUCUUCCACCCAUAACAGCUUGUUGUCUCAUGCUUCCUCAAACAACUACAAACCCAUGUGGGUAAUAGAGUACAUCCGGGUUGCAUCAACGAAAAUAGAAAGUUCCGCGUUUAAUGUUCCUUUCACUGAGUUGUGGAUAAAUACAAAUAAGUCAGUAGAUAAACGUAUUUUUGUUGACACGUGUUAGUAUUAUAUUAUCAUGGACAAAGUUGUCUAGCGAACAUUAUCUAGCUUCAUCUAGUAGCUGGUAUAGCAGCUUGUGGCAAAAAGGGACAUUUCUGGUAAAUGUCCAUGCACAUUUUCGAAGGACUGUUUGUAAUGUAGGGAAUUUUAAAAGCACUCGUGUAUUUCAUCUUUUUAAAAGGAGAUUCCCUUUAUAAUUUUGCCAUACAAUACAUGUUUUAACCCUAAACUGGCACUCCUGAUUCAAUUAGUCAAAGGCUUGUAAAAGGUCUGUUGAGCCCGAAGAGAGGGUUGGGAAAUCCUUCUGUAGGCUACCUUUAAAAUGCAUGUUGUUUCAUGCUGUUAUGUGUAAUUUAAACAUUCAUAAUUAUUUCCCCCUUUAUUUCUAUGGGUGUAAGAAUGCCAUGUUUAGUAUCAGAUGUGUGGAAGCAUUUCACCCCAGCCAUUAAUGAUGAUGGGAAGACUAUGUACAUGUGCAACUAUUGUACAAAGCAAUAUGUAAAGAAUGCCACAAAGUUGCAGGUACAUUUAACCAAAUGCAAGAAUGCAACAUUAUAUCAAAGCUCACGAGAACCAUUGUUCUGCCAUACGAUGGAAGACCAUAGCCACAAGAAUGCAGAUGACUGCCUGGCUCGAGCUAUAUAUGCCACAGGCUCACCCCUCAUGCUCACAGAGAAUGUGUACUGGAAGAGAUUCUUCAAUAUUAUUUGCCCUGGAUACUCUCCUCCCAACAGAGAUGCUCUGUCUACUAAUUUGCUGGAAGCUGAGUUCAACAGAGUGCAAGGAAAGGCGAAGGAAACAACAGAGAAGGAAGACAGUGUUGCUGUUAUCUCUUAGGUGUGGUAAAAUGAACGAGGGGAUUGCAUCCUAAAUUACAGUCUCCACUAUUCCACCAUUGGUUUUCAAGACAACAGUCACAAGGGACAAUACACACACACACACACAAACAUUGCUGAUGAGCUGAAAGCUGUCAUCAAUGACGUUGGACCACAUAAGGUGUUUGCUGUUGUUAUUGACAGUGCAGCAAACAUGAAGGCUGCCUGGGCACAAGUGGAGGAGGCCUACCCUCACUACACCUAUUGGGUGCGUAGCUCAUGGGCUUAACCUUCUCCUCAAGGACAUACGUUUGCAAACAAUGGAAACGCUGUACAAGACAGCCAAGCAAGUUGUACAGGAUGUCAAGAGCAAAGAGGAAGUGGCAGUAACCUACAGCAAGCAACAUACAAAUAAAAAUAACUCUACACUGAAGCUGCCCUGCAACACUGGACAAGAGGAAUACCUAUGUAAGAAUGCUGUUCAUUGACUAUAGCUCAGCAUUCAACACCAUAGUACCCUCCAAGCUCAUCAUUAAGCUUGAGGCCCUGGGUCUGAACCCCGCCCUGUGCAACUGGGUCCUGGACUUCCUGACGGGCCGCCCCCAGGUGGUGAAGGUAGCAAACAACAUCUCCACUUCGCUGAUCCUCAACAUUGGGGCCCCACAAGGGUGCGUGCUCAGCCCCCUCCUGUACUCCCUGUUCACCCAUGACUGCGUGGUUAACCACGCAACUCAAUCAUCAAGUUUGCAGACGACACAACAGUAGUAGGCUUGAUUACCAACAAUGACGAGACAGCCUACAGGGAGGAGUUGAGGGCUCUGGGAGUGUGGUUCCAGGAAAAUAACCUCUCACUCAACGUCAACAAAACAAAGGAGAUGAUCGUGGACUUCAGGAAACAGCAGAGGGUGCAUCCCCCUAUCCACAUCGACGGGACCGCAGUGGAGAAGGUGGAAAGCUCCAAGUUCCUUGGAGUACACAUCACUGACAAACUGAAAUGGUCCAUCCACGCAGACAGUGUGGUGAAGAAGGCGCAACAGAGCCUCUUCAACCCCAGGAGGCUGAAGAAAUUUGGCAUGGCACCUAAAACCCUCACAAACUUUUACAAAUGCACAAUUGAGAGCAUCCUGUCGGGCUGUAUCACCGCCUGGUACGGCAACUGCACCGCCCACAACCACAGGGCUCUCCAGAGGGUGGUGCGGUCUGCCGAACGCAUUACCGGGGGCAAACUACCCGCCCUCCAGGACACCUACAGCACCCGAUGUCAAAGGAAGGCCAAAAAUAUCAUCAAGACAACCACCCGAGCCACUGCCUGUUCACCCCACUAUCAUCCAGAAGGCGAGGUCAGUACAGGUGCAUCAAAGCUGGGACCGAGAGAAUGAAAAACAGCUUCUAUCUCAAGUCCAUGAGACUGUUAAAUAGCCAUCACUAGCACAUUAGAGGCUGCUGCUGCCUAUUGAAAUCACUGGCCACUUUAAGAAAUGGAACACUAGUCACUUUAAUAAUGUUUACAUAUCUUGCUCUGCUCAUCUCAUAUGUAUAUACUGUAUUCUAUAAUAUUCUACUAUAUCUUAGUCCAUGCCGCUCUGUCAUUGCUUGUCCAUAUAUGUAUGUAUUCUUAAAUUCCAUUCCUUACUUAGAUUUGGGUGUAUUGGGUAUAUGGUGGGAAAUUGUUAGAUAUUACUGCACUGUCGGAGCUAGAAGCACAAGCAUUUUGCUACACCCGCAAUAACAUCUGCUGAACACGUGUAUGUGACAAAUAACAUUUGAUUUUAUUUUAUUUUAGUUUUGUGUCAAGCCAAUUCACGCAGCAACAUACAGUUGAAGUCGGAAGUUUACAUACACCUUAGCCAAAUACAUUUAAACUCAGUUUUUCACAAUUCCUGUCACUUAAUCCUAGUAAAGAUUCCCUGUUUUAGGUCAGUUAGGAUCACCACUUUAUUUUAAGAAUGUGAAAUGUCAGAAUAAUAGUAUUAUUUCUUUCAUCACAUUCCCAGUGGGUCAUAAGUUUACAUACACUCAAUUAGUAUUUGGUAGCAUUGCCUUUAAAUUGUUUAACUUGGGUCAAACGUUUCGGGUAGCCUUCCACAAGCUUCCCACAAUAAGUUGGGUGAAUUUUGGCCCAUUCCUCCUGACAGAGCUGGUGUAACUGAGUCAGGUUUGUAGGCCUACUUGCUCGCACACGCUUUUUCAGUUCUGCCCACAAAUUUUCUAUAAGAUUGAGGUCAGGGCUUUGUGAUGGCCACUCCAAUACCUUUACUUUGUUGUCCUUAAGCCAUUUUGCCACAACUUUGGAAGUAUGCUUGGGGUCCAUUUGGAAGACCCAUUUGCAACCAACCUUUAACUUCCUGACUGAUGUCUUGAGAUGUUGCUUCAAUAUAUCCACAUUUUCCUUCCUCAUGAUGCCAUCUAUUUUGUGAAGUGCACCAGUCCCUCCUGCAGCAAAGCACCCCCACAGCAUGAUGCUGCCACCCCCGUGCUUCACGGUUGGGAUGGUGUUCUUCGGCUUGCAAGCUCCACCCUUUUUCCUCCAAACAUAACAAUGGUCAUUAUGGCCAAACAGUUAUAUUUUUGUUUCAUCAGACCAAAGGACAUUUCUCCAAAAAGUACAAUCUUUGUCCCCAUGUGCAGUUGCAAACUGUAGUCUGGCUUUUUUAUGGCGGUUUUGGAGCAGUGGCUUCUUCCUUGCUGAGCGGCCUUUCAGGUUAUGUCGAUAUAGGACUCGUUUUACUGUGGAUAUAGAUACUUUUGUACCUGUUUCCUCCAGCAUCUUCACAAGGUCCUUUGCUGUUGUUCUGGGAUUGAUUUGCACUUUUCGCACCAAAGUACGUUCAUCUCCUGGAGACAGAACGCGUCUCCUUCCUGAGCGGUAUGACGGCUGCGUUGUCCCAUGGUUUACGUUUACAUCAUUUAGCAGACGUUCUUAUCCAGAGCGACUUACAAAUUGGUACAUUCACCUUAUAGCCAGUGGGAUAUGUUGUUUACACUUGCAUACUAUUGUUUGUACAGAUGAACGUGGUACCUUCAGGCGUUUGGAAAUUGCUCCCAAGGAUGAACCAGACUUGUGGAGGUCUACAAUUCUUUUUCUGAGGUCUUGGCUGAUUUCUUUAGAUUUUCCCAUGAUGUGAAGCAAAGAGGCACUGAGUUUGAAGGUAGGCCUUGAAAUACAUCCACAGGUACACCUCCAAUUGUCUCAAAUGUUGUCAAUUAGCCUAUCAUAAGCUUCUAAUUUUCCAAGCUGUUUAAAGGCACAGUCAACUUAGUGUAUGUAAACUUCUGACCCACUGGAAUUGUGAUACAGUGAAUUAUAAGUGAAAUAAUCUGUCUGUAAACAAUUGUUGGAAAAAUUACUUGUGUCAUGCACAAAGUAGAUGUCCUAACCGACUUGCCAAAACUAUAGUUUGUUAACAAGAACUUUGUGGAGUGGUUGAAAAAUGAGUUUUAAUGACUCCAACCUUAGUGUAUGUAAACUUCCGACUUCAACUGUCCAUUCUGGAUCCAAAGCAUAUUGGGAAACAAAUACUUUCUGGAGAACAGAUCAACAGUGCAUACUAUGUGAUUUCUACCCUCUCACACCACCUCAAUCUUUAAGAAGUCAAAGUUCUGGCAAGUCUGGCAAAGUUUUCUACCAAGAAAGGCCUUUGGAAUGGGGAUGGGAUAUGGCAACCAUGCCAGCACAUUUCUCCAUUCUUCUGGUGGAAGGGGAUCUGUGCAUCUGAGGCCUUGUCACCAACCGCCUCUGUGAUCCUUCAAAUCCCACCACACAGAUUCACAGUACCGAAGGGUCCACCACACCAGCUUCACAGUGACCCAAAGGAAGGAAUUAUGGACAUGUCUGCGUGAGCAACUAAGGAUUUAAAAAUAACAAAACAAGGACAGAGAGCUAAAUAAAUUCAUUUUUUGGAGGAGUGGGUCAGGUGCACAUAAGAAAAUAAUUUGAAAUUGAUAAUUUGAGCAAUGUUACAAAGUAGGCUACAAGUACAAUGUUAGGCUAUUUCAUUGAAGUUCAAAACCUAAAUAAAGCCUCUUAUUAUUUGUAUGGAAGAGUAUGUCUAAUUUGUUGACAAAGAGAAUAAAAGGGUAGUCAGUGUGCAAAAAUCCCCACACAUUUUUCCCAUUUGGUAAAUUCCCAGGAUUUCACAACCAUGGGCAAAGAUUAUAGGAAGCAUGCAAUUAGUUUACAAUAUCUCCGGUAGAGGGCAUUAGUGAACCACAGGUGAAUAGCCUAGACGUAAAGCCUACAGAACUGGCAAGCAGAUAUCAACAGUUGACUGGAACUUAAAAUAUUGAACUGUUAAUAUAUAGAUAACACCAACAAGGGACUUCACAUGUUAGCUACUGUCAACGCGUGCUGUAGGUGCAGUGGUGGAAUCAAACGCAGGACGCAGACGGAUAAUCCAACAGACUUGUAUUAAUGCCAAACACGGCAAACGGACAACACUUGCCCGAAGGCGAAAUACGCACGAAGGCGAAAAUGAACAACAGCGCACAGAACAGGUGCGAAAUAACUCCAGCGCAGUGGAGAGAAGCUCAACCGAGCGAAAAACACGACUGACAAAAAUCAAUAACACACAACACCUGACAAACACAACGAGAACUAAAUAGGACACUAAUGACACUAAAUGAAAACAGGUGUGACAACAAUCAGACAAAAGCAAACGAACAUGAAACAUACAACGGUGGCAGCUAGUAUUCCGGAGACAACGAACGCCGAAGCCUGCCCGAACAAGGGAGAGAGGCAGCCGAAACCGUGACAGCUACAGUGACAAGAAUGGGAUUAUACCACAAAUAGCUUUACAUGCUGUAGACUUAAAGUUAUUUGCAAUAUAUCUGGAUGUGAGUAAUAACUUAACUUAAAAUGACAUUUAAAAUCCCAAGGUUUGCUCAUGCCAAGCCCACCAAAGAGAUUAGGGGUUAAACCCAAUCUAAGGGAAUUGUUUUGCUGUGCAUUAAUGAAAAGCAGCUUUGUACUAUUAGUCUUUUCUAGCCUUCAAUCUAACGUAGCACUGAGACGGUGCGAAUGAAUGCUUGAGUUGAAAUUCUAAAAAGAGAGAGAAACAAGAGAAACAACACCAUGGCAGCCUGUACCACAUGACUGGGUUUCUGUGGUCCAGAUAGGAUUGUUUGUUGCUCCCUGCUGCAUGGGGUCUGGAGGGGCUGUAGCUGCCUGCCUGCCUGGGAGAUCUGCCUGCCUGCCUGCCUAUCCACCACACAUGAUCCUCUAUCCAUCACACACUCCACUCUGCCAGCCAUACUACACACACACACACACACACACACACACACACACACACACACACACACACACACACACACACACACACACACACACACACACACGCUCCCACUCUCACCCCCAACCCCAAACAGAAGAGAAGAAAGGGGAAAAUAUAGAAAGGGUUGAAAGGAAAAGAGAAAAGGGGACACUUAUCAAACCUGCUAUAGACCCUUUCUGUGUUUACAAACAUUGCCGCACGAGAGCAAUGUGCACAAGUUGGUGGCAGAACAAAGGGGAUCUUAUAUAUCGCUUAUGAGUGCAUUUCACACUACUUUUGGAUUACAAUUGGAUUUGAAGGCUCGUAUGAAUGUUCUGCUUAAUAUAAUGUUUGUGUCAUCAUCGCAAAUCAACUGCAUUAUACUUAAAAAACACUUAAACUUCAACCAGUAAAAUGGCUCUUUGGCUAGCUGUUGCUACAGCCUAUAUCAACAAGCGUUAGCAUUUUAGCUAACAACUGCUGCAUCCAAAAUAAUUUUGCAAAGAUCACAACCAAAUAUAAUAUUAGCGACUGUUCAAGCAAGUAUCAAAACAUCAUUGUAAGCGUAUGAGAAACCCAAAAAGUUAUUUUGUUUAGAAGUAAUAAAAACAUCAAUCUAGGCUAUGUUGAAUGGGCGCAGGUGGCGAUGGCUUUCUUACUGCCACCAAGAGUCGUGCGCAUCUGUAAGUGACGUCAGUGUGUCGUGUACUGGAAAAGGGUCUAUACUUAUUUGUCAUACUUCUCUCUCCAUGGCCAGUGUACGUUUCUUAGCUUACGUUGUGUUUGUAAUUAGGGGAACCUAAAGGCUUGCCAGGGAAAAUGAGCUCUCAAUAGAAGGGUAGUCAGUCUGUUUAUCCACUGUUUACAGAAAAGGAGAGGAAUAUUUAUGUUCGAUAAAGUGGCUUAUUAUUAAACUGUAUAAGACAUCCCAUAUCCAAGAGGGGGGGAUGAAAGCCUAUAAUGUUUUAAGUGUCACCUCUGCACUCUGUAAAAAUCAUACAUUUGUAUUUUCCACACCUAUAUUGCAUAUACGUCUUUGUUUGUUCAGACCAUAGUUGUAGUCAGGUCAGUCCUAUACAUCUGGGGUUUUGAAAAUCCAUCAUCACCUUCCUCUCUUCCUUUCACUACCCAUCCUUAGCAGUUACCCAUGCUUAUCCAGCGAAUGGUUAGUAGAAUAAUUGUCUGUUUCUGUGUGUCACAUCUCCAUCUUUGAUUCAUUGUCCCAUGUGAAAGUGUGAUGAGAGAUGAGCAGCAGAGCUUGUCAUCAGCUGGAAGUCUGGGUCAGUGCCAUAGAUUUACAUUUACAUUUACGUCAUUUAGCAGACGCUCUUAUCCAGAGCGACUUACAAAUUGGAUAACUCAUCAUCCAACACUAGGCCAGCUACAUGUAUGUACUCUGUAUGUUAGGGAAAGUAAUCAGAUUUUUUCUUUGUGAAAAGUGGUGAACAGAUAGUGGUAUUGUAACUAUGUGUUCUAACUAGCUAUAGGUAUAAUAAGAGCUCACAGUUUUUUCUGGUCAUGUCACACACAAAGAAAUUAUACUUAAUUAUAACUUUACAUUUGCAAGAAGCACACCAUCCUGCGGUACUCUUUACAUGUUAAGCCAUAUCAAUUAAACAUAACUUGAGUUUGCUAAUUAAGCUAAGACAGUUGUGUACUCCUACAUGUUUAAAGUUCUAUCUCUAACACAUACUGUAGAUUAGUCAGUGUGGAGUCAGAGGUCCGUGGGUGUGUGUUGAUGCCAAGGAAAGAAGACUCCCACACAGCAACUGGCUGUAUGGUGCUGCAGACAGUUGGUCAGAGAUAUAUUUUCUCAGGAACUUUGUACAAAAACAAUCUCAAACUGCAGGAGCUUUAAACAGAUAGGUAAGUUCUAAAUAAAUACAUCAGUAUUAUAUUAAAUAAUGUUAUUACAGCUAUACAAAUUAUAUGAGAGGAGAACACUGUAGAUAGAGGCAUAUAAAAACCCAAUAGAACAUAGGAUGAGAUCUGGUAACUCAUCUUAGGGUUAAGUAUGAGGAACCCCUGUGUGUUUGUACCAAACAGUCUGUCCAUCCCUAUUGUAGUAAUCUGUCAGCAUCCCACAGCCCUGGGGUCACUCAUAAGGGGCCAUGGUGACACUCCUUUUGUCUGCCCCUCCCCUCUGAUCCAGGGGUCAUCCAUUUAGCACAAUUUGAGCUUCCAAUCCUGUUACUUCUGCUGACUGUCAGAGGGCCAUGGAGUGUCUGUCUGGAUAACUAUAGUCACACUCAGUAUGUGUUCCAAAUGGCACCCUAUUCCGUAUGGGCCCUGGUCAAAAGUAGUCCACUAUAAAAUAAAUAGGGUGCCAUUUGGGCGGCAACCUCUAACACUUCUCCAUUCUCAGUGUUUGGACUAUACUCUCCCACUCUGAGUGAAGCUGAGAAUGCAGGCUCUGGCUCUCCAGUGUCACUUUAUUCACUAACAUGAAAGGGAGCUCUAAGCAAUCUUGUAUGAUGAAGGAAAAACCCUUAGGGAUUUAGAGGGUCUUUGUUGAGAGUGUUCCUCGGGUUCUCUCAAUGUGGUAUUACUCAUAAGGGGAGAAGUGACUGCUAGAAGAACUGUGCUAAUAAGCUCCUCUCAACUGUUGGUGUGCCAUCUCAUCUGGGGGAGUUGAGUAGUGAGAGCAGAACACACAUUUCCGUUAUUCGCUGUACCAUGAACAAUAUUUUAUUGUAAGCAUAGGCAGACACCUGGCAUCAGGGUUAUUAUCAGAGAACUCCUUAAAAUGAUUACUAUAGUAUAGACCUCCAGUCCUCCCCCUUGGAUUUCAGUCAAGGCCUCAGAUUCCUUUAGCCAGAGUCCCGAGCCGCUCUCACUGAGUUGAAUAAAUGAAAUCAGUGACUCAUGACCUGAAUUCACUUAACAGUGACAAAGAACAAUACAUAGCCCACUGCAGCUGAGAGACAGAUGUGCACCAUCAAAUAAAAACUUUGAGGCCAGUUUAUGAUGCAGGACAUUUUUCAGAUUUCUGAGGAGUGUACGGCUGCACGUACAGCUUGGGUAAUGACUAUUAAUGUGACCAUAACAAGACAUGUUAUUAUGUAUUUUUAGAGUGUGGAAUAAAUGUAAAAGAAUGGGUCACUAACAAUGCCAACAAAUGGGUAUCAAUCAUUUUUUCUUCUGCACACUGAAAACAUUAUUGGGGUAAUAGAGGAGCAACAAAGUUCCAGUGAAUAUCGUUAUAUUAUACUAAUGAUUUGGCAUGGAUAUAGUUAAUAUUUUUACCAAACAUAUAAUUUAUGUCAGCAUUCAACUCAUGCAUUCCAGAGACACAAAGCUGAGAGUUAUUUUGAGUUCUAUCAAAAGGAAUCUCCUCUCACUGGAGUAACAUUUCUCAAAUGUCAGGAUUGUUCUUGUCACCCUGUAGAGCAGACCUUCAAGAAAAUGUCAUUUCAGUGAACUGAGAGCUAAUUUAAACUGUAUCACUAUGAACCAAAUGUUGGCACCAACAAUAUGGAAGCAAUAGACAAAAAGUGACAGGACACAUUUUAUUUUCCAUUCAGGUAUGAAAUGUCUAUUGUGAGUAACAAUGUUUACAUACCCAGUAUGGACUGUGUGGAAACCAAUCCUGCAGUACUGGAGACAGUAUAUAGCUCCCAUUAGGGAUCGCUCUGAGCCUGUGAGUGCACUGAGCUUUAGCCAUUUCUCAGGGAUUAUUGGUGAUAUGAAAGGCUGUAAUGUCCAUGCAAAGCCAUCCAUGGAUGGAUGGAGGGAGCGAGAGGAGACGAGAGGAGAACACUGGGAAGGAGCUCUCCUGGCAGCGUUUCCCCCUCUCUGCAAUCUCAGAGCUCUGACAAACUCCCUGACUUCUGACCUCCAGCAGUCAAUGGUCUAGUUGGGUAUUCAAUCUCACACUUCUACCUCUUUACUUCUACAGAGGAUUACACUCUCCUUUCUCCCAGUGGUGUAAUAUGUCAGAAAUCUGUUGUUUAUUUAGCUACUGAUCCCAAGGUGUAAUAUUGCCGGAUUGUACACUAUUUGCUUUUUAAGCAUAUUGUACAUGCAGUAUUCCGAAGUAAAGAUAAUUUGCUGCAUUUGUAGCGGCACCACUUUUUUGUGUACAGUUGUAAUAAAAAUAGUUUUUCGUAGGAAAAGCAAAUGAUGUAGCAUAUUAUAGAAAGUCUCUACAGAGAGAUACACUCAUUCCACUUGUUUACGCACCACAGGAAUUAACCUCAUUAUGUAGUGGGGGAAUUUUCAAAUACCAAAAUGCUCUAUUAUAUUCGUUAUUUUUCUCUCUCACAGUAUUAUUCUAAUUCUGUUUCUCUGACAAGGCCCAGACAGAAUCCCUGGGUGCGGACAUUGUUUCCCUUGUGCCUCAGUUUGGUGUGGAGACUAGCAGUGGCUCCCACUGGCUCUUUAGAAUGAAAUACUGAAGGGGGCUUCACAAUGGAUCUUUGUGCCUGAAAAACAGUGAUGUCAUAGUUUCCCAGGCUUUCCCCCCUGAAAUGCCGAGCAAUGGGGGGAGAGGAGAGGUGGGGCUAUGCUCCAACUUUUUUGUGGUAAACAAAGGAGCAGAAUCCAUCGUGGUAUUACUCUGGCCUUCUAGGGGGUCUUCUUCUCUAAGUCUUGCAGCGCUCCAACACAGCUGGUCAGCAUCACAGGCCCUCCACAGGAGUUGCAGUACAACACAGGUACAGUAGACAGUAACACAUACGGAUGGGCAUUUAUUAUACAACAACAGAGGGUACACAAACACUGGGAACCGGGCUGUGUAUUCUCCUUAGGCAGGUAGGUGUUCAUCAGCCAGAAAAUAUAUUCAGACAGCACUGGGCUGGGCGGGGGGAGAAACCACAUCCUAUUUUUACAGUCAUUAUUCCUGGGGAGGCAUCAGGGUCAUGUUAAGAGUGUGCCCAGAUGAGUGGGAAUUGAUGUUCUGGGGCUUAGAGAGACUCUUCAGACUGACUGUUUCAUCUCCACACCUCAUUUAUGCACUAGCAUGUCCUCAUAGAUGGAAGCACUGUGCCAAGCUGGUGUCGAAACCUACUCCCACACCCACUGACAUAAGGCUCAGGCACAAUUAUGAGCUUUACUUUCGAGUGCCAUCAGAGUCAUUUAAAAAUCAUUAGCUAACUAUCUUCCAAGAAUCAAUGGAGGGUGAUACGUAAACAAUUUGUGCACCUGAUAAGACAACCUCGGACAAAUCUUGUGGGUUGGUAAAGCAAUUAGCGAGGUCAAGAACGAUGGACAUUAUUUUCCAUUUCAAAGUGUCUAGAGAGGAAGGUCUUGAAUCAUUACAAAAUCAAAUUUUUACUCUACCUUACAUUGGUCUGCAGAAUCCAUAUCCGGAAAGAUUGCUACAUAAAAUCUAUUGUAUUUCAAGAUGUGAGACAGUAACGCGUCUCAUGGCCAAGGGAGAUAGCAGGAAGGCACUGGACAACAGUCUUUCAGGUGUUUCAUUUACAGCAAAGCACAUUAAUAUUUACAAAUGGAAAAAUAUACAAUAAACUGUCUAACACUUCACAGUGUGCUGCAGCUUCUUUAUCUUAAAGCUGCACUUAAGAAUGCCUCAACAAGCAUCUUCUAGCUUAUAAAUGGCAGAUGGAAACUAAACCCCUGCACCAAACUUUGCGCCUCCAAACUGGGCAUGAAUAGUCACCUAAUCAGUUAUAUCGCCUUCCCCUAGAACGGAUGGGCAAUAAUUUUGGCAUGUAUUUUGAAAUUCAACGGAGGGCCACACAGUUUUCUUAAGACUGAUUUGUUUGUCAAAAUAUAUUUGUGGGCCAGAAAAAAGGACAGUUAUUUCUAAAUGUAUAGGUCCAUUAUCAUUUCUACAUACAGUGCCUUGCAAAAGUAUUCAUCCCCCUUGGCGUUUUUCCUAUUUUGUUGCAUUACAACCUGUAAUUUAAAUGGAUUUUUAUUUGGAUUUCAUGUAAUGGACAUACACAAAAUAGUCCAAAUUGGUGAAGUGAAAUGAAAAAAUUACUUGUUUCAAAAAAUUCUAAAAAAUAAAUAACGAAAAAGUGGUGCGUGCAUAUGUAUUCACCCCCUUUGCUAUGAAGCCCCUAAGUACGAUCUGGUGCAACCAAUUACCUUCAGAAGUCACAUAAUUAGUUAAAUAAAGUCCACCUGUGUACAAUCUAAGUGUCACAUGAUCUCAGUAUAUAUACACCUGUUCUGAAAGGCCAAAGAGUCUGCAACACCACUAAGCAAGGGGCACCACCAAGCAAGCGGCACCAUGAAGACCAAGGAGCUCUCCAAACAGGUCAGGGACAACGUUGUGGAGAAGUACAGAUCAGGGUUGGGUUAUAAAAAAAUAUCAGAAACUUUGAACAUUACAUUGAGCACCAUUAAAUCCAUUAUUAAAAAAUGGAUAGAAUAUGGCACCACAACAAACCUGCCAAGAGAGGGCCGCCCACCAAAACUCACGGACCAGACAAGGAGGGCAUUAAGCAGAGAGGCAACAAAGAGAUAACACUGAAGGAGCUGCAAAGCUCCACAGCGGAGAAUGGCGUAUAUGUCCAUAGGACCACAUUAAGCCGUACACUCCACAGAGCUGGGCUUUAUGGAAGAGUGGCCAGAAAAAUGACAUUGCUUAAAUAAAAAAAUAAGCGAACACGCAAAAGGCAUGUGGGAGACUCCCCAAACAUAUGGAAGAAGGUGCUCUGGUCAGAUGAGACUAAAUUGAGCUUUUUGGCCAUCAAGAAAAACGCUAUGUCUGGCGCAAACCCAACACCUCUCAUCACCCCGAGAACACCAUCCCCACAGUGAAGCAUGGUGGUGGCAGCAUCAUGCUGUGGGGAUGUUUUUCAUCGGCAGGAACUGGUAAACUGGUCAGAAUUGAAGGAAUGAUGGAUGGCGCUAAAUACAGCGAAAUUCUUGAGGGAAACCUGUUUGUCUUCCAGAGAUUUGAGACUGGGACGGAGGUUCACCUUCCAGCAGGACAAUGACCCUAAGCAUACUGCUAAAGCAACACUCGAGUGGUUUAAGGGGAAACAUUUACAUGUAUUGGAAUGGCCUAGUCAAAGCCCAGAUCUCAAUCUAAUUUAGAAUGUAGUAUGACUAAAAGAUUGCUGUACACCAGCAGAACCCAUCCAACUUGAAGGAGCUGGAGCAGUUUUGCCUUGAAGAAUGGGCAAAGAUCCCAGUGGCUAGAUGUGCCAAGCUUAUAGAGACAUACCCAAAUAAACUUGCAGCUGUAAUUGCUGCAAAAUGUGGCUCUACAAAGUAUUGACUUUGGUGGGGUGAAUAGUUAUGCACGCUCAAGUUUUCUGUUUUUUUGUCUUAUUUCUUGUUUGUUCCACAAGAAAAAAUAUUUUGCAUCUUCAAAGUGGUAGGCAUGUUGUGUAAAUCAUAUGAUACAAACCCCCAAAAAAUCAUCAACAUUUUAAUUCCAGGUUAUAAGGCAACAAAAUAGGAAAAAUGCCAAGGGGAGUGAAUACUUUCGCAAGCCACUGUACUUUCUAUCUGGGUUAAGAGCGUUUUUUAAGCAUAGCCUGGAGUCAAUUGUAUGACAUUUGUAGGGAUGCACCGGUGGGAUAAUUGUUUUAUUUUAGAUUUGAUGGCCUUUUAAACCAUUCUAGCACAGAUACAAACUGCAAGUUUCUACGUUCAUAACGGUAAUAAGUCACAAAAAUGUUGCUUCUCCUCAUAUUCCCAGAAUUAUCUGCUUUGUGAUUCACCCAAAGAAGACAUUGAGAAUGAUGAAUGAGGAGGAGAUGAAGAUGGAAGGAACCACCUGGAAUGAAGUCGAGAAAACCACCCAGAACAGAGUUCGCUGGAGAUGCACCGUUGAGGCCCUUUAA